AACUCAUUGAAUCCUCGUAGCUAAGUGAUUUAUAAAAACUAUCACUUAAUAAUAAGUAUGUCCAAAUGUUUGACAGCGCGAAUGAAACAUGCGUAUUCAUUGGUUCAUUGUUUCACCCCACGUCAGCCUCACUAUCCUCUCCGUCCUUCCCCGCCAUUUCAACACCACAUCAUUCUCUCGACGUCUUUUGAUACCAUCUACAUUUCAUAGAUUACAGCAAGUUCAACGACAAUUUUGCACAAUGAAUACUCAAGAACUCAAAAACUUCCUUGCAGAUACACCUCCUAGUAUCGUGCAGCUUGAAAUCAAGAAGCAUUUCGAGGCGCUUUCUGAUAAAGAAAAACGUUAUGCUCAUUAUGUUAGCAGGUAUGCUCCACUUUAAGAGUUUAUAUAGGCUCGAAUCAUCUUUACAUAUAUCAUGAACAUCGACAUUCCGUGAGAGCUUGGCUCUAGCAUAAAGCAUGCAUGGAAACGCAUCUAUAAACAAACCGGCUGACAUGAUACUACAGAGCAUCUAUGAAUGGAACUCGUAUCACACUGAGACAAGUUUCCCCAGAAUCUGAGGAUAUUUAUGAUUUCAUAAUUGAGCUUCAUAAAUACAUUAAUGGUGACUGGAGUUCUGCUCGAAAGAAAGCCGGCAUCAGUGACGAAGAUCUGAAAUUUUUCUUAGAGUACUGCGCUCAGGUAAGUCUCACGACACAUACAGCAAAGUGAACGAGGAAAAAAAAAUAACGACUCAUUUUAGUUCCUUGGUAACUGUGGAAAUUACAAAUCCUUUGGUGAUUCGAAGAUUAUCCCAAGAUGUGACGAGAAAGUCUUCGAUGCUUUAGCUGCGCUUUCCCCAAAGGCAAAGCAACACUAUGAAGCUACUAAAGGAGCUAUUUUCCCAACUCAGGAUUCUGGAUUAAUGCAUCUCGGAUUUUCCGAUGAUGGACAUUUGACCAAUUACUAUCCUGAUUCAACCAACAUCACCAAAUCUGAUAUCGUUGCAGUUGGCGACUUUUUGGAACAAAAGGGCUUGCUAGUGGUAAGUGAAUUGCGUAUAUUGAACCCAUUCACCAUUGACACGUUAGUAGGAAAAUACAAGAUUGAGAAAGACUCCGGAAGGAUCAUUCGAACUUUUGCUUGCCUCGGCCGUCACAAGUAUUCCUCUUGAAGGCAGUGAUAUCGGCAAGGAAACCGAUUUCGUGAUUGAAAAGGGACCGUUAGAGGGCACUAAAUUGAAACUCAUCUUUGGUGAUUACUCGAAAGAGUUGGCUUUAGUUGCUGAGGAUUGCAAAAAAGCUGCCGAGAAUGCGGCCAAUGAUAUUCAGAAGAAUAUGUAUACGGCAUACGCCAAAUCAUUCGAAACAGGUUCAUCACACGUAUUCAAGGACUCACAAAGAUAUUGGAUCAGAGAUAAGGGACCUUCAGUUGAAUCUAACAUUGGGUUCAUUGAAACCCUGAGAGAUCCUCAGGGUGUGAGAGCUGAAUUCCAAGGUAUGUCUCGAAGACUUCCAAUUAUCGAGACAGAAAUUUUAACACCUCCUGUGAUUAGGAUUUGUUGCCAUGGUAAAUGCUGAACGCACUCGUGCCUUUGGUGGUCUUGUCAAUGCAGCUGAAAGCCUCAUUCCUAAAUUACCUUGGGGUGCAGAAUUCGAGAAGGAUAAAUUUUUGAGUCCAGAUUUCACAAGUCUAGAAGUUUUGACCUUUGCUGGUUCUGGAAUUCCCGCAGGUAUAAACAUUGUAUGUUGUAUCAAAAGCAUGGUGUCAUUAAUACUACUGACGAAUACUGUAGCCAAAUUAUGACGACAUCAGACAGACUGAAGGCUUUAAGAAUGUCUCAUUGGGAAACGUCCUGUCAGCCAAAGCUCCCAAUGAGAAGAUUCCUUUCAUUAAAGACAAAGAUCUUGAAGUAUUCUCCAAAUACCGCGAUGCAGCUUUCGAGGUACAAGUAGGAGUUCAUGAGCUUCUAGGUCAUGGAACGGGUAAAUUACUCCAAGAAACGAAACCAGGAGUUUACAAUUUCGAUAUCAAAAAUCCUCCUACCAACCCUCUCACCGGGGAGCCAAUCACUACUUGGUAUAAGCCUGGACAAACAUGGGGAUCUGUGUUUGGUAGUGUGGCAUCAAGUUAUGAAGAAUGUAGAGCUGAGGCUAUCGCUAUGGCUCUCAGUUGUGAUUUCGAGGUUCUUAAGAUUUUCGGAUAUGGCGAUGGGACACCUGAUAUGAAUAGUGAAGCUGGAGACGUUUUAUACGCAUCUUGGUUAUCUAUGGCUAGAAUGGGUAUUUGCUCCUUAGAAAUGGUAUGUUUUCCUCCCUUUCCCUCCUUACCAAAACCAAAGCAACCACUAACACAACAACCAGUGGGAUCCCCGCUCCAAUAAAUGGAACCAGGCCCACUCUCAAGCGCGCUUUUCCAUCCUUCAAUGUUUCCUCUCAGCUCCCGAGCGCUUCUGCACGCUGACCCGCAAAGCCGACUUCUCCAACCUGACCAUCUCCCUCAAACGCCACCUCAUCCCCACCAUCGGUCGUCAAGCCGUCGAAUCCUAUCUCCAAAAACUACACAUCUAUAAAUCCAUCGCAGACGUCGAGAACGGUGUAGAACUAUACAAAAUUAUGUGUUUCGUAGAUUCAGAUUAUUGGGGCAAGAGCGUUAGAGAUCAGGUGUUGGCGAACAAACAACCGAGGAAGAUUUUUGUGCAGGCGAAUACGGUACUAGAGGAGAAGAGUAAAAAGGUGGAAUUGAAAGAGUAUGAGGCGACUUGUGAGGGGAUGAUUACAAGUUUUGUGGAGAGGGCUGUUUAGGUGUGAAAAUAUGUGGCAGGAAAGAAGGGAAUAAAAAAGAAAUAAAGACAGCGAGAUAGGUGUAGACCAGGGUGCUGCAUGGGCUUUACGCAUAUCAGUGAGGACAUAGUUUUGAAGGCCGAGACAGCAUCUACCAAUCCACCAUCAAGGAGAAAGAGGGUGAAACAAAAAUACCUAAUAUCAGAUAAAAAACUGUUGGAUAGCACUCCAUAAUCUUCUCUCAUUUUGAUAAUAUAUUACCAGAAAAUAGAAUAUUUAAUUUAUCCGAAUACAACAUUCUUACAUGAAGAGAAAGGAUUAUAUAAUGGAUAUUCAGAAGCUAACACAA